UUAGCACUUGACCUUAAAAGUGGGAGCAAUACAUGCAGGUAAAAUGUGUACUGUAGUCGCUUAUUGUAAAUAUUUUAAUUCAUGAGAAGUAGAUGUACUCGUCGUACUAAUGGAUCCUAAUCUGUUGUACUGGAAAGACCAGGGGCAGUCUUUCCUCAGUCGACUGCGGAUCUGGGUUAGCCUCCUUGAUCCAUCUUCCCUGCUUGCCUCUGAUGCUGAGAUACACAAGGCCCACUCCCUACUUGGAGGUGGAGAGAAAGUAAAUAAAAAGGACGCAGAUGCAGUGACUCUCUCACUUUCGUCCGUCCACGCUGACUCCAGUGCUGCUCUUCCACUAGUUUUCCGCCCUCCAGCACUGUUGCCAAUGUCAGCACCUCUGGUGGUUGCCAGCUUUUUGCCACAUACCAGUGUCAAACCUGCUCUGUUUUGGCAGUUGUUGCUGCAGAGUUACCUUGCUGGGUUCAACCAUGCAAACAGAAACUCCUCAUCAGAGCAGGGUAAGAAGAUGUCUAUGAGGCAGCUUCUGUUGAUCGCUGGAACAGUUUCCUAUGCAACAUGUGCAGGGGCCCUUCCUCAAAUAUUAAUUAACCGUCUUGGUGUGAGAAGCGCACCGAUCCAGACUUUCUUUAGGUCGAUUUUACCGAUCCCACUCUCAGCUGCUCUGGCCUUCUUCAAUGUGCUCACUGUCAGAAGCGAGGAGGCAGAAACCGGAAUACAAGUGUUUGAUUCCAGUGGAAAUCCAGUCGGCCUCUCGAAAGCAGCAGGAGAAAAGGCUGUGAGGGAAACUGCGUUGUCAAGGGCGACACUCUUUGGUAUAACUGCUGCUCUUCCUAACCUCCUGAUUUUGCUCUUGCAGAGAAACAGAUUUUUCCAGAGGAACUCUCUGCUGGUCGCUCCCCUCCGUCACAUAAGUGUUGCGUUUGCUCUGGGCUUGAUGAUCCCCAUCUCAUUCAGUCUGUUUCCACAACUGGGAACGAUAAAGAAGGAAAACGUGGAGGAGGGGCUGCAGGCUGCAGUGGACGAUGGACCAUUAUACUACCACAGAGGACUCUGAGGAGCUGUUCAACGUAGCAGAUGCUACCAAAACACAUUGCCAUCACUGAAUGACAUUAUGAUAAUCUUUAACAUCAAACUGAAAAUGUUUGAUGCAUGUAACAGACUCAAGGAUGCAGCUUUUUCUCCCUGUUUUCAUGUUUAAAACACUGUUUAGUACAUUAAAACAGGCAAGAAGCUACUUUUUGAUAGUAAAUUUAUUUAGUUGGAAUAUUAGGUGUAUUUAUAGAUUGGAAAUAUUACAUCAGUUCAUGAAAAUACAUUUAGUUUUCAAAGUUACAUGAACAUAUCUAUGUAUUGCACUCUGUGUCUUUUCUGAAAUACUGAGGCACAAAAUCGUCCUUUUGGAAAUGUGGUUGAAAAUGUCCUCAACUUUCAAACAACAGCGCUAAAUAUAUCAUCAACAUCAGUAAAAAAAAAAAAAAAAAAAAGUAAAACCUGAACAGUAACACACACGAUGCAGUAUAAAUCAAUGUGAACAUGGAAGCACCAAU